UCUCAACAAACGCGUUCGCGUCAACUCGUCCCAGUCCGCGCAAUAAAAUCAUCCAUAUCGGCACUAAGUCGAGGGUCGGCGCGAAGGAUGAUCCAAACCGGACUGAUACCAAACGCUCAUGCUGACCUGGUCACCGACGCGUCUUACGACUUCUACGGCCUGCAACUCGCGACAUGCAGUCUUGACCAACGCAUAAAGAUAUGGCAGCUCGAUGAAAGCACGGGGAAUUGGGUGAUGGAGGAUGACUGGAAGGCCCACGAUGCCGCUAUAUCGAAACUCAGUUGGGCCCACCCGGAAUUCGGGAUCAUAAUCGCGUCGUCGUCAUUUGACCGCACGGUGAAAAUCUGGGAACGUGUUUCUGGAGAGCCACAAAACGGGAAUGGCAACGGAAACUCGUCUUCUCGAUGGGUUGAGCGUGCGAUGCUCACCGAAGCUCGUGGCACAGUCCGGGCAGUCGAAUUCGCUCCGCAUCACUUUGGUCUCAAGCUGGCGACGAUAUCGACCGACAACCACCUUCGUAUCUAUGAAUGUCUUGAACAACCCUCGCUUACGACGUGGCAGCUAGUUGAAGAGGCUGAUGUCUUUAGCCUUCCGCUCACCAACGCGCCAUCAGCGUCUCUUCUCACCGUCGCGCUUGCUACGCCCACACAAACGACAAGUACAAGCGCCGAUGGACCAGUAGGCCCUCUAGUGGCCCAAGCCCUACAACAAAGCAUGUCUAUCAAUGCUGCCAGUACAAGCAGUCGACCCGGUGCAGGCCAUCGAGAAGCAGAUGGAGGAUGGUGCAUUUCGUGGUGCAAAGACCGGUAUUGGGGCGAGCUUAUUGCGGCAAGCGCGGGGACAUCUGGAGUAGUCAAAAUCAUCCAAAUUCUUCCCUCUAACCGACCAACAACAAUCCUCACACUCGACUCUUCGCCCUCAACCUCCUCUGCAGAUGCUGCUUCGACUGCUUUCCUUGCUCCUCCUACUGCCUCGACGGCAUCACUUGGCCAAGUACCCGCGCCAACAGAUACCGAGGCAAAUCCGACUGCUUCGACCACCGCUGUUUCCUGGGCACCCACUUGUGGUCGAUCAUACCACCUUAUUGCUACCGGCUCUCGUGACGGCCAUGUCCGCAUCUGGCGCGUAAAACCAGCGGAAGAUGAAGACGAUAUAGAUGCAGAAGACGGAAAAUGGUCUGCGAGUGUUGUUGCAGACUUUGAGCAACAUCGGUCAGCUGUCGGACGCGUUGAGUGGAACAUAACAGGGUUGGUGAAACUACGAUUCGAAUAUUUCCCUCUCACCGAGCCCGUUUACAGAACUAUCCUUUCUUCAGCGGGUAAUGAUGGGCGGAUCCGCUUGUGGAAAGCGACAUCCGGUAGUGUUUGGAGACCGGCGGGCAGUAUUGGUGUUGAGGCAGGAGAAGACGGCGAAGGAGAUGGGAAGGAACCAGAUCUACCUGAGGCUCGACAUGGGCGGGAUGUAAGUAUGGAGGGAUAG